AUAGAAUGCUCUCAGUGCUGAAUACCCACCUUGAAAUCGUUUAGGAUAUAGCUGGGAGGUCAAAUAACCUUCAUAGUCAUGUUUUCGUACCAAGUCUUUGCAGUAUUCGGUUGGAUUGGAAGUACCAGCCUCAGAAUGCAAAACUGAACCUGUAUGAAGCCGGCGGCAAGAACUUAAUCUCUGCAGACAAUGAGAACGAAGUGACAGUGGUAAUAUGGUCAUGGCUCAUGACAAAAUGUAGAGUGAUCCGGCAACUAAACUUCAACAUUUCACGAGUUACCGGACUCGGAGUUAUCAGUCAUCUGCUUCCACACAGUACUAGUACAACUGGCCGCGAUGUCGUUGAGAAAGUCAGGACUUCAAAAAGACGUCUUAGCACUCUAUAGACGUGCAUUACGUAUGGUCCGUACCAAACCAGCUUUGACCCAGGCAAAAUUCCUCCUCUUCGUGCGCUACAACUUUCACACACAAGCAUCUUCUGUAUCACCUCGCGAAGUUGCAGCUAUAGAGCACCUUCUCCGUCGUGGUAGAAGGCAACUGGAGAUGUACGAGCAGCCCUCUGUCAAAGACUGUCAGAUAUCACAAGUCAUGAGUGAUUGGGAGCAAAACCGACGCGGAUCACGGACAACUUCACAUUAAUAUCAAAUAUCAGAAGAUAUGGUAGAUUCGGUCAAAGCAAUAUUAUGGG